UACAGUAUAUUACUGAAUUUUUGUACAAACUUCUCGCAAAGUUUCCAUCAAAGCCGAAAGCAAAAAUGCAAUGUCAAUUUCAUCUCAUUCCCAAACCCCAAAGGAAUUUCUUCUCACAUACAUAUACUAAACUUCAUCUCGCAAAGUUACCUCUCGAGCUGGUUAUUUUUUUUGGGGACAUCUCGAGCUAGUGUUGAAACAAGUUCUUCUCAUUCGCAAAGCCCAAUGGAAGGUCAACUCUCUUGGCAGAAAAUACACUUGGACCUGGAUUUUUUUUUUUAGAACUACUUGGACCUGGAUGAGUUCUCAAUGUCCAGGAAUCCACAGCCCAGUUCACAAUUUCCCCAAACAAUAUCAGCCCAGUUGAGCUACCAAAACCUCUCUCUCUCAAAAAAAGAGUUAAUCUACCAAAUUAACCCCGGCUAAACAUAGCCAGCGCAUGGCGUCUUCCUCUGCUGCGCACAGGGCCGCUCGCCGUAAAAACGAAGCGCCACCACCGCCUCAUCUUCUUUUCUCCGGCCACCACAAUGGCCACGCACCGCCGCCUCCUCCUCGCCGCCGUCCUCUUGUUGCUCGCUGCCGCGGCCAACGGCGACGACCUGCUCGCUCCCCUGAUCGCCGCCGCCAACGGAGAAAAAUCACCGCACGCUCCGUCGCCCGAGCAGGAAAGAGAAGAAGCGGUCAUCGCCGACAAGGUCGCCAAGGUCGAGCAAGCGUUAGCCGGCGGCAACGGCGAGGGAGACGACGCCGGAGGCAGCGGCGCCCUGAAGACGUACCUGGUGAUCGUGGGCCGCGCCAACGGGCCCAAGGAAGGCGGCGACAAGCUCAUCGAGUGGCACGCGUCUCUUCUGGCUUCGCUCCUCAACACCACCGCGGGCACGCUCCUCCUGGAGGCGCUCUCGGCCGUGAGCCCGCGUCUCGUCUUCUCCUUCGCGCACGUCGUGAGCGGCUUCGCGGCGCGGCUCACGGACGCCGAGGCCGGCGAGCUGUCCAGGUUGCCCUGGUGCGUGGAUGCCCUGCCCGACGCGCGCUACCGCCUGGCCACCACGUACACGCCGGAGCUGCUCGGGGUGAGCGCGCCGUCCACGGGGGCGUGGAGCGUCGGCGGCAGCAUGGGCGAGGGCGUCAUCGUCGGCGUCCUCGACAACGGCAUCGACCCGCGCCACGUCUCCUUCUCCGACGACGGCAUGCCCCCGCCGCCGCCCGCGAAAUGGCGCGGCAAGUGCGACUUCGGGGGGACUCCCUGCAACCGGAAGCUCAUCGGCGGGAAAGCCCGGGCGAUGGAGCACCACGGCACGCACACGUCGAGCACGGCCGUGGGGGCCUUCGUGGGCGGCGUGAAGCUGUUCAGGGCCGACGCCGGGAACGCGUCCGGCAUGGCGCCCAGGGCGCACCUGGCCUUCUACGAGGUGUGCCUGGCCGACACGUGCUCCGCCACGGAGAUCCUGACGGCGACCGAGAAGGGCGCGUUCGUGGACGGCGUGGACGUGAUCUCCAUCUCCGCCGGGGACGACACGCAGAAGCCGUUCUACAAGGACCUCAUCGCCGUGGGGAGCUUCUCCGCCGUCAUGUCCGGCGUCUUCGUCAGCACCAGCGCCGGGAACUCCGGCCCGGUGUCGCGGACCGUCACCAACUGCGCGCCAUGGCUGCUCACCGUCGCCGCCAGCACCAUGGGCCGCCACGUCGUCUCCAAGGUCCAGCUCGGCAACGGGGUCGCGCUCUACGGCGAGACCCUCAAGAGGUUCAAGCCCGUCAGGAACCGGCCGCUCGUCUUCAUCGCCGGGAUGUUCGCCGACGGCGCGCUGAACGCCACCGAUGUCCGGGGCAAGAUCGUGGCCACGGAGCGGAAGGAGGACCCCAUCACGCUUGGGGAGAUGAUCCAGAAGGCCGGCGGCGUCGGCAUGGUCAGCUGGUCCAGCGCCGUGCGUGGCAACGCCACCACGCCCAUGGACGACCUUGCCAUUGCCUCGUCGAGGAUCUCGCAUGCCGACGGCGAGGCCAUCGUGGCGUACAUCAACUCCACGCCCAACCCCACCGCCAGCAUCCGGUUCGGCGGCGCCCAGGUGAACAGGUCCUCUCGGCCGGCAAUCGCCGAGUACUCCUCCAGAGGCCCCUGCAACGUGUCCAACGUCGGCGUGCUCAAGCCGGACAUCACCGGGCCCGGCACGAGCAUCGCUGCCGCCGUCCCGGGCGGCGGCAACAACAGCGCGCUGCCCACACGGAUGUUCGGCCUGCUCAGCAGCACGUCCAUGUCGACGCCGCAUCUCUCCGGGAUCGUGGCCAUGCUGAAGAAGGCGCGGCCGGAGUGGUCGCCGGCGGCGAUCAAGUCGGCGAUGAUGACGACGGCGGACGUGGCGCACCUGGACGGGACGCCGAUCGUCGACGAGACGACCGGCCGGCCCAACUGCUUCGCCAUGGGCGCCGGGCUCGUGAACCCGACGCGGGCCCUCGACCCAGGGCUCAUCUACGACCUCGCGCCGGCGGACUACAUCUCAUACGUCUGUGGCCUCGGCUACAAUGCCAGCUUGGUCAACGAUAUCAUCGCGCAGCCGAUUCAGAACGUGAGCUGCGAUAAGGUCGAGAAGAUCCAACGCAAGGACCUCAACUACCCGUCGAUCAUGGUGACCCUCGCUCCACCGCCGGCGGCACCGGAGGUCGAGGUGCGGCGUGCGGUGACCAACAUUGGGGAACCCCUGUCGGUUUACACCGCGGAGGUUGUGGCGCCCGAGGGGGUCGCCGUCGAGGUGGUGCCCAAUAUGCUGGCAUUCGGGUCUGUACACCAGAGGAUGGAGUUCACCGUGAAGCUCAGGAGAGGUGCCGAUGCCGCCGUCAAUGGCACGGCGGAGGGAAGCCUGCGGUGGGUCUCCGGCAAGUACUCCGUGCGCAGCCCAAUCGCCGUCCUCUUCGAAACAUUGCCCAACUAA